CAACAAAUAGCAGCCUUAGUUUUCUGGGGGUCUAGAUAAUUUUUAGCCAGUUCCUAAUCUAUUUCAUCGACUCUGGACCAGAAAUCUUUGGUUAAUCGUAGCCAACCAUUUUGACGAGCAUGCAUAUAUAUUCCAGAUGUGAGUUCGGAGAGAGAACAUAAGUGCCAACCUUAUUUGCAACUACUCAAACUCUGAUGAUAAUUGCAUCCAUCGCAGCCCAAAUAGAAGAGUCUGUUGUUGACUUACCCAGGGAAAUUGACUAAUUUGCUUAUUUCCAAUUCUAUGUAUAUGUAAAAUAUAUACAUAAGAAUGGUAUGUUGUAGAAGGUUAGGUCGUCUAAAUAUAACAGAGGACCGUUGAACCAGGGAUCUCCUCCCACAUAGAAGGGCCCAUCAUUCUUUAAGGGUCUGGCUUUCAGAGACAAUACAUUAUCAUGAAUGCCGUUUAUGU